AUGGUUGAUUUCACCCUUUCUGCAUCUGAGCAGCAAAUAAGGGCAGCAGCGCGCAGUUUCGCUUCCGCCCAUCUUGCUGGUGCUAAAGCCAUCUACUCCAAGUUAUCCACACCCGAAGAGCGGUUUCAGGCUCUCCGACCCAUCUACGAGGCUGCAGUCAAGGCCGGUCUCAUCAAAGGCCAAGUACCAGCCGCAGUCGGGGGUAGCAGUACCAGCUUGGUCGAAGCGGCCAUUCUGGUAGAGGAGUUUUAUGCGGUCGAAGCGUCCGCCUCCUUGACAAUAUUCGGCACCGGAUUGGGCCUCACCCCUCUGGCGCUGGCGUAUCGACCCUCAGUCCAUGAAUUUUUGGACCCUUUCCUCUCAGGUGAAGGUUCACCGCUUGCAUCGUUGGUCUUUUCGGAGCCUGCUGGCGUCGCGAAUUGGCUAGAACCUGGAGCGACUGGCCUACAGACGACUGCACGCCGCGAAGGAGAUGAGUGGAUUCUGAAUGGAGAGAAGAUCUGGGCGACAAAUUCUGCAGGUUGGGACUUCAAAGGAGCCGACCUGAGUUGCGUGGUGUGCCGGUGUGUCGACGAAGAGGUGGUUACGCGGGCGUCCCAUCCGCGCGAUCUCAUCAUGAUCGUACUGGUCACACGGGAGGAUAUUGAGCGUAAUGAACGAGGAUGCUUUCGGAUCCUAAAGCAUCUAGAGACCGCGGGCCACACUGCGGUAUCUGGGCCUCAUCUCAAGUAUACGAAUCUACAAGUUCCAGCCAAGAAUGUUCUAUGUGCUCCUGGAACUGGCGCUCCUAUUGUGAUGCACUCUUUCGAGAUCUCUGCAAUGCUGGUGGGUGCGAUGGGUGUAGGCAUUCAACGAGCGGUCUUUGACGCUGCACUGGCAUUCUCACGCGACUCUCGCGGAGGCACGGUGCCCAUCGCGCAUUGCUUAGCGUCGAGUCAGGGUGCGCAUGCUCAGCGACGGGAGCCGGCGCUGCUAGCGAAGAUAUACUGCUCAGAUGCGUCAGUGCAGUCAUGUACAGAUGCCAUCAAUGCAGUGGGCAUCUCCGCGUAUAACCUCGAGAUGCCAUUUGCGGAGUUGCUCUCCACGGCCAUUGUUCUGCCUAUCUUCGAUGGGGGAAAUAUCGGCAUCCGACGAAGGGCGGUGCAGGAGCUGUUCAUGGCGGAAGGGUAUCAGCCAUGGGAAACAAGUUUCGGAAAUCAUGAGAGUCAGUGA